AUGGCUUCAUUUGAAGACAACAGUGAAAUUAGAAAAAAACGUUCAAUUGAAGCUAAUGCUGAAGAAGACGAUGAAAUAGCUCCGUUGCCUUCUAGUGAAGGCAACGGAGAAGGAGACGGUGAAGGAGUACCUUCAAUUAGCAACAAUGAAGUCGACACUAAAAUAGUAGGAGGUAAAAAAGCACCAGACGGAGCGUACCCACACCAAGUAUCGCUAAAGAGAAGCACUUGGACGGAAUUCCACUUCUGCGGCGGAUCCAUCAUCUUCCCAAAAUGGGUGUUAACAGCUGCCCAUUGCACGAAAGAUUUACAGGCUGAAGAAAUAACAGUACUAGCUGGAACGAACACAAUUUCGUCAGGCGGCUCCAGAUAUGAAGUAGCCCAAAUAGUAAAUCAUGAGAAAUUUAAUAGAUCAUUGUUGGUUAACGAUAUCGCA